CAUUGCCGCCUAUUGAACUCCACAUCGAUUCUCUUCGCCUCCUCCGAUUCCAUCCGAUUUAAAGCCUAGGAAUUAAUCCCUGAAGCUUCACGAACCGAUUCAGUGAAUGCAUCUUCAAUUUACAUCAUUUAUUACCCUGUGAAACUGACGCGCACCGAAUGCCGACCGUCGGCAUCCGCCUCCCGAUCUCCCUCCUCGGCCUAUAAAAGCCAAGUCCUAGCGCGUCACAUCGAGCCCCUACCGUUCCUCCCUCAUCAUCCUAUUGAUAGGUUUUCCCAUAGAGCUCUGUACAUCUCAUUCCAUUGCCGUCUUCCUCAGCUGGUCGCCGCCUCCAUUAUUGAUGGUGAGCUCGCUCCGAAGCUCCGUUCCUCAAUUCCUUGGACAUGGAGAUUCUUGUAAUCCCUAUAUGUCUAUUUGACAAGGUUGUGCGAGCCAUGGAUUCUGUUUGUGGCGUCUCCCCCGACGUCAUGCCGGCACCAAGCCCGGAGCUCCGCCCGUCGCCACUGUAUGCAGGCCUCUGGAGAAUCUCCGUAGCCACCGUUGAGUCUGUGGCAUCAUCCUCUACGUCUCUGUCGACGAAUCGCUCGCCGUCUCGUUCAACUCCGGCAAACUUCCUUUUCACUGACUAUUCGGAGUGCGGUUGUCCCGAGUGUCGUGAACAAGAAGAAGUACAUAUCAACAGAGGCCAAGCUUAUUUGGAGCCGAUGAUGUUAUCGAUGCCAACCGAUUGCUGGCCUGACCCAGUUGACUGCUACGAGCAUUUAUUCUGCCAUAUGAUGCAAAUAUACUCACUGAAGCUAGCUUAUACUUCUGCUGAUGCUGAUACCUCCGGUAACCCAAUUCUGCUGUAUGGAUUCAUGGCUGUCCGGGAUUGCUUGAACCCAAGGCGCAACUACGUGUUCAGGCGCACCAGAGACGAUCCUUUCGUCGUGGUUCAGGACAGCAAUGGGUCGUCGUUCAUACGAAUGUCUGGCCCUAAGAGAGGCAUUGAAAUGCAAUCUUUAGUGCUGGUUGAGUUUGACAUGAGGAUCAAGAUUGGGGAGAAUGAGGAAGACGAUCUGCAGCUCAUCGAUGGAGCUAUCUACUUCGACAGCUUGGUCUUGCCACCGGACAUGAUCAUAAACCGGCGCAUCGUUGGCGAUUGCGGUGCGGUGGACAUGAGCCUGGCGUUUCUGCAUUGCGCGGCAGAGGCAACAAUACAGGUCGGGAUAUCAAAUGUGCCUGACGGUGGCUUAAGCUUGUUUCUUCAGGCCCAUGCUAACGAUAUAAAGAAUGGGAUCUGGCUCUUCGACAAUGUUGUCUCCGAGCCGUGUGAGCUAAACAGGUUUGUGGUCGCUGCAUGCAGGGGUUCUAAGUUGCUCCUGAUAGUGAAGUCUCGUCCGGUAAACGGUACCGCCUCCUUGCCGAUCUCUAAGUUCUUUAUUCGCGAUGUUCGACGGCAUGGGAGUGAUUCCAUGACUUUCAAUGUUCAUACUGCCAAAAUAGAUGUGAAGGUGAAUUGGUCAACUCUGGAUCUUCCCAGCAGUGCUCUGAGAGAAGACAACCACUAUCCCUUUGCAUUGGAUGACUGAUUAUGACCAUAAUUAAUGAGGAACUUGGCACUGAUCGUGGUGUACUAGCUAGUAUAUCUUGCCAUUUUUGUCUAUGUCAGAUUUCUCUGCUGUGCGACUUUAUGCCGUGUUUGAAUGUUUGGAAACUAUUUGUGUGCAUUUGUAACAACACUAGGUGGUGUCUUGAUAUUUUCUAUGCUUGUUUGUGCUAGAAUUUUACUUCUGUGCA